ACGUGAUUUUCUAGAUAUUUUGGUUGACAAUAAUUGCCAGUAGAGUAGUUCAGCCAUAGUUAUCACGUGACUUUCUCACGUGACUCACGUGACACGACAUGGCGAAUCUGAUUGGCUAAUGCCUCUGAAAAAUCGCAAUAAAAGGCGACCCAGAGGGGAAGGUAAUCACUUGGAUGGAAGAAGCUGACCUUGAAUAUGUCAAGACAACUUUCUGUACGCCGCGGCCGCAAGCCUAGGAUGUCUUCUGCUGUUCGGGACCUAUCGUUCAGCGACGUUGAUGACCCCCAACCAUCGACGUCGGGACUCCAACGCUUGCGAAAUACCCCAGAUCCUCUUCUAUACCUGUAUUCUACAGACGAAGAGGAUUAUACACCUCCUCUGAAACUGUCUAGGACUAGCGAUCUCUCUGGUAAGUUUUUUUUUUUUUUUUUUUGACUUGUAAAAAAACGUGUCUUUGGAACAUGACUUUGUUUCUGCUACCAAGACUAUUUCCACAGAGAACUCACGUUUACCUUUGUAUUUUUUUUUUUUUUUUUUUACAAAAGUUGAAAUAUCCGCUCGAUUUGACGGUGACGACUCGGAUUGGGAGAGAUCCGAGUUCGAUACCGAUGACUCGGGUGUGGACGACGACUGGGAGGAAGAUUUCGACUAUGUCCCGCUGGUGGAUACAUCUCUGGAUUCCGACGUCCGACGACAUUGGGAGCGUAAUGCUCCGGGAACUCCCUCUUUUUGUUGGUCGAAGAGGGAGAAUUUCGUCUGGCGUCACUGCUUCGAGGGGACACCGGGUGUGAAAGCACCCCUUGAAGAAUCGUCGAGCCCGUUAGAUGUAUUCACCAGUCCCAGAGGAGUUGUUCCAAACCAUUGUGGACGAGACGAAUCGGUAUGUUCGACAGAACCCGCGCACCCCUUCAUCCCAUAUGAAGGGGUGGGAGGGCACAACGGUGCAGGAAGUCUGCUCCUAUGUCGGCUUACGAUUCCCGAUGGGCCUUCAGUCGAAGAGGGACCAGAGGGAAUGGUGGUCGACGGACCCGUUGAUGUCCUCAUCGGUGUUCGCCAAGACGAUGACCAGGGACCGCUACGAUGCCCUGACCUCCGCGCUCCACUUCGCCGCGGAGGAUAGGCUUUGGAAGCUGCGCCCUGUGUUAGACGUCUUGGAAUCGACGUAUCGAUCCGUCUUCGUCCCGAACAAGAACGUGACCGUCGACGAGAGCUUGUGGGCCUUCAAGGGGUGUCACCACGCCAUCCAGUACAACCCGAGCAAGAGGGCUCGGAGAGGGCUGAAGGUCUACAAGCUUUGCUCGUCUGACGGUCCAGAGGCAGGGUAUACGGCGGCCUUCAAGAUCUACAUGGGGCAAGACCGCGGCGUAUUUCCAUCCAGCAAGAAGGCCAUCACCGACCUGCUGGAGAAGGCAGAUCUACUCGACAAGGGGUACCAGUUACACACCGACAACUGGUACACCUCCCCGACUCUCUUCCAUUACCUGCAGGCCCGGAAGACCAGUGCAGUUGGGACGGUACGUCUCAACGGCGUGGCAUGCCCUCGGACCUGCAGCAAGGUCGUUACCCUGCCUCCCAACCGCCGAGGGGUGGAGAGGUCGAAGCCUGAAGUUGUCGUUGACUACAACAACGGCAUGAAGGGCGUUGACCUCUCGGAUCAGCUGGCGCAGUCAUAUCCAUCGACGAAGAAGACCGUCAAAUGGUAUAAGAAAAUUUUCUUCUACCUAUUGGAUAUGACUACGACCAACGCGCUGGCUAUCCACCGGGCCCUCGGCGGAAAACUCACCCAGUAUGAGUUCCGCAAGGAACUCGUUCGAGGAUUGCUGCAGCAAGGCGGUCCCCGUGGCUCCUUCCGGCGGAAUCCUCCUCAGGCUCGCCACGAGGAGGAAGUUACCCAGCAGGCACACUUGCCAGUUGACACACGCAUCGUCGGUGGCGUCGGUGUGUGCUCUGCUGGAGGAACCACCGGCGCAGGAGGGAGACCAGGGUGA